AUGCAGUUCGCCGCCGUCUUACUCUUCCUGCUCAGCAUCUCGGCAGUCGCAGCUGAAGACGCCUGUCCUCCGACCGAGGUGGUCAAGUUCGCUGAGCUCUACGCCAACCCGCACCUGCAUCCGUGCCAGAAGGUCUCUGCCGGCUUUUCCCUGGUCCCUCCGAUGGGCUACCCGACGGAGCCGCAAGUCAAGGCCAUGUGCGCUGCUGAGGCUUGCCGAGCGCUGGUCAAGGACGUCCUCGCUCUCGAGCCUGCCGACUGCUACCUGUCUCUCUCCGGAGCCAAGUUGAACGCGCACAAGAUGGCGUGUAGCUUCCGGGAGGCGUGCGAAGAUGACACGGACCACAAGGAGCACGAGGACGACAAACACAAGCCGACACCGAAGCAUUCAGAUGACAAGCACCGUCCGAAGCCAACUGAGCACGACGACAAGCACUACUACCCGACUCCGAAGCCAAUGGAAGGCAAGCAUUACAAGACGCCCAAGCCAACCGAAGAGAAGUACCACCCGACGCCCAAGCCCACGGAGGACAAGCACUACUCGACUCCGAAGCCCACCGAGGACAAGCACUACGACACCCCGAAGCCAACCGAGGAAAAAACGACAAAUCGACCACGUGGGCAACGUCAGCUCGACGACCGACUCAAGCCCCCGAUGAACGGUACGGCUCUCGAGUUCUUCCCAAUGCCCAACACGACGUACAAGGCGACUCCUGAGCCAAAGGCGUAG